CUCUUGGAAAGGGAAUCCUGGGCCGCAGCCCUGACAGGAGGACUGAUUGCGCCAUGUCUCCGCCUGUUUGUGGGUGUGUCCCCGGGCUGUCACUAGCAGCAACACAAGCACCCCGGCCUAGUGUAGGGAGGGUCCCCGGACUGUCAGUGCCAGCGGGCCCCAGUGUGGGAUGGCGGUGUGCGCCAGGUUGUGCGGAGUCGGACAGUCCGGGGGCUGCAGGAGGAGACAACAGCGGAAGGGAGCCGGAAACGGCCCUGAGCUGGAGGAUGAAGAGGAAGAGGACGAGGUGCGGAUUGAGGCAGAAGUAAUAGGAGGACAAGCAGCAGAGGCGCCCCGGAGACCCCGCUCUCUCUUGCAUCUGCCGCCAGAGAUCCUUGUGGAGAUUUUCUCCUCACUGCCCGGUACCGAGCUGCCAAGCCUAGCCCAGGUCUGCAGGAAGUUCCGCCAGAUCCUCACUACUGACACUAUCUGGAAGCGACGCUGCAAGCAAGAAUAUGGUGUCUGUGAAAAUCUGCGAAAACUGGAGGUCACAGGAGUGUCCUGCCGUGAUGUCUAUGUCAAACUGUUGCACCAAUACCGCCAUAUCUUGGGCCUUUGGCAGCCAGAUAUUGGCCCUUACGGAGGACUGCUUAAUGUUGUGGUAGAUGGCUUAUUUAUUAUUGGCUGGAUGUAUCUUCCCCCUCAUGAUCCACAUGUUGAUGAAGCUAUGAGGUUGAAACCUGUUUUUAGAAUUCACUUGAUGGAGAGGAAUGAUGCAACAGUAGAAUGUAUGUAUGGACACAAAGGACCCCACAAUGGCCAGAUCCAGAUUGUGAAAAAAGAUGAAUUCUCUACUAAGUGCAUACAGACAGAUUAUCACCGGAUGUCUGGAGGAAGACAAGAGGAAUUCAGGACAUGGUUGCGGGAAGAUCUAGGGAGAACCCUUGAAGAUAUUUUCCACGAGCACAUGCAGGAAUUAAUUCUAAUGAAGUUUAUUUACAUUUGCCAAUAUGACAAUUGCCUUACAUACCGAAGGAUAUAUCACCCACCCAGCCGACCGGAUGACCUGUUGAAUCCUGGAUUCUUUAAAGGGACCUAUGGGAGCCACGGCCUGGAGAUUGUCAUGCUCAGCUUCCAUGGAACGAUUGCCAAAGUGACCAAAAUAACAGGAGAUCCCAAUGUUCCAGCAGGUCAGCAGACACUAGAGGUUGAUCUAACACGGCCAGUGCAGCUUCCUGAUGUAGAGCACCUACGAAAUUUUGAUGAGAUGUCCCGCCUCAUUCUGGACGUCCAGGCACAGAUCCACCGAGAGCAAAGGCAGACAGGCAAUGAAGAAGAUGAUGGAAGAGGGGCAGGUCCAGAUAAGGCAGAACAUUCUCAACAACCCGCACCUGUCCUAAGGCCCGCAAAUGAAGAUGCAAAUAAAGUUGAUGGAGGUGAUGGUGAAGAACAAAAACCCCCAAAUGUGCAGUCCUUUGUGCUCCCUACUGGGGUGAUGGCUAGGAAUGAGGAAUACCCUCGUAGCUGUAAAAUGUGCUUUUAUGGUACUGGCCUCAUUGCUGGACAUGGAUUCAGUAGUCCUGAACGGACCCCAGGUCUAUUCAUCCUAUUUGAUGAGGAUCGUUUCGGGUUUAUAUGGUUGGAGUUAAAAUCUUUUAGCCUUUACAGUCGGAUGAGAGACAGAUUCCAGCAAUCAGAAGCUCCAUCUGUAGAAGCCUUCGAAGAAAUGCUCCAAAAUAUGCAAUCCUGGACAACCUAAACGGUGUGGGCAAGGAGUGCAGUGCGUCAGGAAUUCAGUGAAUCUGCAGUACUGGAUGUAGGUCAUGUCACUGUUCAUAAUCAAGGAAAGAAUAUUCCAACCUUGGUACCUCGAAAAUCAAUGCAUGUACUUUCCACAAUAAUAUAUAACCCUUUAAUUGGCAGUAGGGCCAAUGCUAUGCAUAGCCCUGUGGCAACAAAACAAGGUUAAAUGGAAUUUCAGUUGUUGCUUUUAAACAAAUUAUCCCUAUAAUUGUAUAUAUAAAGGCUAACAUAACGUAUGUAAUAAUAUAUCAAAUGUAUAAAUAUAAGGGCAUGGCUUCCUAAAGAUCCCAUGCAAUUUGGGCAAAGUGAUUUGUUUAUUUUUCUAAACCUCUUUUAUCAUCCUAAAUGAUAAAGCUAUUUCUCCUUGUUGAGUAAAGAACAAAUAAAUAUGUGUUUGUAAGAGUAGCUAUAAUGGAUGUUGAAGAGAGAAGUUGAGAAUAUUUUGAUCCUUUCUGUUGGACCAACACAAAGAAGAUUCUGGUUCCUCUUGUGUUUUGGACCUGAAGAUCUAGGCUGCAAAUCUUAAAGAAAAGUUUCAAUACCUGUGGACAAGCAGACAGGAAGACCUUUGAAUGUCUGCAGACACUGAAUGUUGCUUUUGGCAUGAAAAGUUUUAGAUUCGGCCUCUUUGCCUUUCAUCACAGGGAUAAAAUAAAGCAAAACUUGCUUCAGGGAACUGUUUUGUACAUUUGAAUGAGGCUCUUCUCUGUAAUGCCUGUGGCAAACCUUCUGACUGCCAUCCAGCAGAAAAAGGCAGUGGUCACAACACCCUUGUUACCAGUGCUAUGUUGAGCAGUUAUGAGUCUGUCACACUCUGCUCUUUUACACAUGGUGCGUUACAUUCAGUAACAUUAUCAGCAGUGACAAACAGAUGGGCGUUUUGACCACUGCUGAUUUCCACCAGAGGGCAGCGACGGCAAAACUGUCCAUGUGCCAUAGGCCUAACAGUGACCAUUUAAAAUUCUGGUUUGAUUUAAAAGUGACCAUUGUAGUCCUAUUUAUGCCUUUCUAUGAACUUUUACAGACAUUGUCACAUGGUUCUGCAAUAUGAUAGUGGUACAAGGGGCAUCAAUAUACACUGCCAAAUAACUGCACACACAUUACAAAGUGUUAUGCCAAUCUUUUUAACAUUAUAAAGAGAAAGACAAAACAUAUAAAUCAUUUUUCCCAAAAAACUUUGACUAUAAUUAUGUCAAUAAUUCCUCAUUCCCCCUUCAUAGUAGUAUAGUAAAGGACAAAUAACACCAAAACAUAAAAUUUGUUCAUUUAAAUUGUGGUACCAGUUUGUCGUUCUCUCAAAAGUUAAAUCAAAAUCUUGUCUGGGUGUCAUAUCAGUUUUUGAGUUUGUGAAUUCGAGUUAGUUUUUCUAAAUCCAAUAAACUCGCACAUCGAAUCCUCGCUUAUUUAUUAAUAAGGAAAACUUGUUCAAAUAAAAAACUUGAAUUCCGAGUUUACAGACUCGAUAAAAAAAAAACCCUCAAAAAAUUUUAAUUGAAAAUAUGGCUUGAGUUUUCAUAUUUUUUGCUCUGCUAAAAUUGCUUCCCCACCAGAGGUGUGAGUGCAAAAAAAAACUUGAAUUGUGAGAAAACAAAAAAUCAAACUCAAACGUUUAAAAAAAUAAAAUACGUAAAAUGUCCGUCACUCACCAUUCCUUAGGAGCAAGAGCAAUGCUUCUAUUGCAGGCCAUUGUGGAACCUUAAUGUUGCUGCCACCUUCAGCAGCAGUUCCAUAACUGUGUAUGUGUAGAAAUGAUUACCCUGAGAAGAACCCCUCAGAAGCAGGCAGAAUCAUUCAGCCUAGGCAGAUUAACCUUUAGUAGUUAAAUCUCAUCCCUUCCUCUUGCCUCCCUGAAUCUCUCACUGACUGGCAUCUUUAAAUUUGAUAAUUAAAUUUGUUAAUUAAUGCAGUGUGAUGCAUGGAAAUAUAUCACCUUACUACUUAAUUAGGCAAGAUCAGAGCAGAUCUUUAUGUGUAAGGUUAGCUAAAGAGAAUCAGGAAGAAAGCAGAGGCAAGGGGGUUAGGAAACAUGUUUACUGUUGGCAUUGGAUAUCCAUGUACUAUGGAUAUCUGUCAGUUUGAACAUUUUUUCUUCCAGUGCACCAUGCUGGGCAGAGCAUUUUGCAUUGGCUGAUUAGGAAAUGGAGGAGUCAAAGCUCCUCCUCACUUUAUGCUUUUAAAUAAUAGAAAGGCAACCGUAUAAUGUGCGCAAUGCCGGAUUUAUAAUUUCGGCGCCCAGAGGUCCCCAUUAACAGCCACAGCAGCACAUUUCCACUAUAAAUUAAAAUACUGAACUGUUUGUGGAAACCCUUCUAUGACAUUUUUAUUUCCUGAUGUUACUGGUCCUGCUUAUAAUAUUGGCCUCCCUGCAUGUAACUUUUCUGUUUCUAUAACAUUAGUUACUGACAGACAGAAGCCCAAAAUAUUCUCCUCCAGUAUAUAUCAACCCAUCUUUUUUAGAACCCUGUAACUUUUUACAGUAGUCAAAAACUGUAGAAGAGGUUUUAGAUCUUUUGGAUUUAACAGAUAUUGAAGUCAUAUAUACAAGCACAAGAGGUUGAGAUACUACCUAUUGCUAACUUUUAGGGCAGGUAUUAGAAACAGACUGAUGGUUAACAAAGGGAACAGCAUAUCCAACCAUUAUGAGUGUUGUCUGGAGAUUGGCAGAAUGUUUACACACAACACUGGUACUGUUGAUCUUUAGGAGCAGUUUGCUUCUAACUCUAUUAUGGGGAUUUUCUGAGACAUGCCAGAGUACUGAAUCUUGAACUGACCUCAGAAUUUCAAUGUGCCAGUUUGUCUGAGCAACCAACAAAACAAUGAUUAGCACAGCUCUUCUGUUGGAACAGUUAAUCUCCAGUUCGCUUUUAAGAUAUUGUUAUUUAUAUUAUUGUAUGUUAUUUAGGCAGUUUUAAAAAGAAUCAGAUUCACUAAUUUAGGCACCAGGUAUGCAAGCAUUUUGUGGUCUGUCUGAUCUAAUCUGCGUGGGGUACUAAUGACAUCCCUGCCAGUGCAUUUAAGGCUAAUGCACACCGGGCUUUCUGAAUACUGCUGUAAUCAGCUGGAAAGUAGUAGCUGAUCUUAUUGAUUGUGUUUUUUGGAAAAUAUACUUGUCUAAUGCAAAUAGGACAGGCAGACUGCACAGAAAGGCUUGCAUCUGCAUAAAGGUCAGUUAUUUUUCAUUAUAAAUUGAUUAAGAAGAUUGGCACAAGUGUCAAUUUUUGACUUUUUACUUUGCAUUCCUUGCCAAAUUUACUACUUUUUAUUAAUCUUUGUUGAUAUAGCAGUAACAUAUUCUGCAGCACUUUACAGAGAUUAUACAUAGUGUCAAGAAUGACCCCUGCAUUUCUUUCCAAGACAAUUACUUAAAAGUGCCAGUAAAAGAGCUGGUCAUAUAAUUUUUUUCCAACACAACACAGACUGCAAUGGUUUUAGGCGACAAGUGGCUGACAGCUGCCUACAUUGGUGCUUUUCAAUAAUUGUCAAGGAGAAUAAUUUCGGGUAUUUUCAAAAUAAAUUUUUAACAAGAAAAGAGAAGUGGCAGGAACCCUCCCCCCAAAAUGUAAUGGAAAAUAGUGUAACCAGACUAAGGUGACUAACUAUAUUAGAAAUAUUUUUCUUUUGCGCAUAUUAUCUAUUUUACUCCGUUUCAUUUUUACACUGAACUGUUCCUUUAAACACCAGAAUCAGAUUGUAUAUUUACCACAGGACAUUGUGUUAUAAUAAUUCUGUAUACAGCUGUCAGUAGCGCUAUUAGAAUUCAUACAAUUCUAUAAUAAUGGGUGACCUAACUGUUACAAAAUCUAGUAGAUAAUACACUGGGUUAUAGGAUUUGGGAAACUAACACAUGAAAAAUGUAUCACAAUGGCCAAAGGUUGAGAGCAAACUUGUUCAUUACGUUCACAUCUUGUUAAGCUGUUUAUUACUUGAAACUAUUCUUUUUUUUUUUCCUUUUGUUUCUGUGGGAUGGAAUAUCAAAGACAAGUGUUGUUUCCAGACAGGGCUGUUAACAUUUUGAUUCUACUGUACUUUAUUACCAUUUAGCUGCUAAAUUGUUUUUCUUGGCUCUGACAAUGAGUGCCAAAAAAGCCACUAGUAUCUUUUAUUUAUUAUACAUGAAAAUAUCAAUAAAAAUGAUUGCAGUUUACCUUGAAGCCUCUUAGAGAACUAAGUAAUAUAUUUGCAUUAUUAAAUGCAAAAUGAGUGUCAUAUAUAUUUCUAAGUGAGUAGAGAUCAUACAGAAGCCAUGGCUCCAAACCAGGGGAAAACUUUAUAUUUUUGAAAAUCAAAUUUAUGGUACAAGAUACCUGGUAAUACAUCUUUACACAUUUGUUUGAUGAGCAGAUGAUUCCCUUUUUAUUUUCAUAUUGAUGUUCACUAAUAAAUUGCCCUUUAUUGAACCUGAACCAAGCUUCACUCUGCCCCCAAACAUGUUCAUAAAAGGGUACUUUCAUAAAAAUGACAGUUUAAUAUGUAGUGGUUAAUGUGAAAAAAAUAUGUAUGCAAAAUGUUUUAAUUAAAGAAGCGCUAUUAUUACCUAAUCCCUUGAGCUCAACAUCUUGCGGUGUAUCCUUGUGGCUGGCAUUGAGAAUUGGUAGGAUCCUCCACUACCUCCUUGCAUAUAUCAGAUACUGCUCUAAAUAAAAGAUGUGAAAUUAA